UUGACGUCAUUUUUGCCUGCGACGCAAAUACUUGUCUUUUAAUUCCUGGACGCUCUCGGUUAAAUCAUUGGUGUGCUAGCUAGUUUGCUAAUACAACGGAUACGGUUUAUCCAUAAAUCAACGAGUAACGGUCGGUAACGGAGGAUGAACCUGGGUCCUUGCUGGCUGGUGCUCCUGUCCAUCUGUCUGGAGGUUUGGGCAGUUCCCAUUGACCGCAAUGCAGCGCCCCAAGAAACACAUGCUCCCCAGGAGGACAAACAGGAGGAUAAUGUGGACACAGGGCUGUACUAUGACAGGUAUCUGAGAGAGGUGAUUGAGGUGCUGGAGACAGAUCCGCAUUUCAGAGAGAAACUCCAGACUGCCAACACAGAGGACAUCAAGAAUGGUCGUCUCAGUAAGGAGUUGGACCUUGUUGGUCACCACGUUAGAACUCGUCUGGAUGAGCUGAAGAGACAGGAGGUCUCACGCCUCCGGAUGUUGCUCAAAGCCAAACUGGACAGCACCAACACGCAGAGUUUACAGAUGGACCAUGCGUCUCUGCUGAAGCAGUUCGAACACUUGGAUCCACACAAUCAGAACACGUUUGAGGCCAAAGAUCUCGAACUGCUCAUCUCAACGGCCACCAAAGACCUGGAGAACUACGACGCAGAGCGGCACGAGGAAUUCAAACGCUACGAAAUGCUGAAGGAGCACGAGAGGCGGGAGUACCUGAAGGGGCUGGACCAGGAGAAGAGAGAGAAGGAGGAGAGGAGGAUGGAGGAGCUGAAGGAGAAACACCGGAAGCAUCCAAAAGUCAACGCUCCGGGCAGUGUGGCUCAGCUGCGUGAAGUGUGGGAGGAGACAGACGGGCUGGACCCAACAGAGUUCAACCCGAAGACCUUCUUCAAACUGCACGACACAAAUGGAGACGGUGUCCUGGAUGAGCAGGAACUAGAGGCCCUCUUUGCCAAAGAACUGGAGAAGGUCUAUGAUCCAAAGAACGAGGAGGAUGAUAUGAUGGAGAUGGAGGAGGAAAGGCUGAGGAUGCGGGAGCAUGUCAUGAAGAAUGUGGAUGUCAAUCAAGAUCGACUCGUCAGCCUGGAAGAGUUCCUUAAAUCAACAGACAAGAAAGAGUUCAUAAACCCUAAAGAAUGGGAUACAUUAGAUGACACCAAACCAGUGUUCACCGAGGCGGAGCUCCAGCGGUUUGAGGCAGAACUGCGGACCAAGGAGGAAGAGCUGGGUAGGAGGGCGGAGUCUCUUCGUCAGGAGCAGGAUCUGCUAAAGGAGAGGGGCAAGGCCCUGGAGGCUCAGAGAAAAGAGUAUCAACAGGCGGUCCUAGAGAUGUCUCAGAGGAAGGAGAAACAGGCAGUGCAGGGACAGCCUCCUACGGGUCCUAAUGGAGAACUACAGUUCCACCAAGAGAUUCAGAAACUGGAAGAUCAAGGUGCUAAAGCUCCUGUUGAACAGGAAGUACAAGAGGCCCACAACAACCUGCCGGCAGAACCACCACAGAACUUGCCCAUACACAACUAACACUGCAUUCUGAGACACACACACACACACACAAACCCUCUCCUGGGAAUACAUCUUUUUCAGUGACACACAUAUCCAGAUGGGUUCAGCAGAUUACAUCAUACAGCAGAAGCGCACAACUCCAGUCAGUCAGUCAUCAGCCAAAUCGUAUUGUACCUGGGCACGGUCCGUCCCGGUUUUUAUGUUCCUCUGGUUUACAUUUUCUCCUAAUAAAAGUGUUGACUUCCUG